UAGCUGAUGUUAUUCUGGAAUAUAGUCUUAAGAUGUCUGACCACCUAAAGAAACAUUUAACUACCCAGCUCGAGCUAUUGGACGAGUCAAGUUUUCAUCUACAGAGUAUCAUCAGUGAUUUUCUGCAGCAGAUCAAAACUAGAGCCAAUGAAUGUGUAGACAAUAUACCUGGCUCCAGUAAAGCUAUGAGAGAUGCAAUCGAUAUGAUAAAAACAGCACAAAGUACAAUACUAGAACACACAGACAUGUUCACUGAAUCCACCAAGCUGUCCCCUACCACAGUGAUUACACUAGAAAAGACAACACCAGACAUUCAAGAUAAGAAAGCUCCAAUAUCUGUUGAAUAUAAUCCAGAAACAUCAAGAAGACUAAAGGAUAUUGAAACAGCUUUAUCAUCCCUUCAAGACACAAAACAAAAGACUGAAGAUGACAUAUCAGAAAUUAAACAAUGGAGAGACAACUUUGUAACAGAACAAAAUGAUAUAGGGAUAAAAGUUGAAAACUUGUCUAAGAAACAAAAGCAGAAUUUUAAAAACUUAAGAAAACAGUUAAAAGAACAGUAUAACCAAAUAGAAGUUCUGAAUCAACAAAUAGGAAGUUUAAAAACGAAAGAAUCAGACACAGACAAAACACUGGAAAAACUGUCUCUAGAUAUGAAAGAAUAUGAAAACAACCUGCACACACUAAAUAAAGAGAUGAGAGUUUACACAGAUAAAACAGAUAAUGUAACUCAAGAAACUCAAAGACAUUCGGUUCUGAUAUCUGCUAUACAAGAAGAUACAACAAACAAAUUUGAUAAAUUAUUGUCUAAGCAUGUUGUAACUUGUAAACUUCUACAACAAAGAUUGAUGCCAAUUGACAAAAUAAUUGAAAUAUAUAAUCAAAACUAUGAGACUAGGGAAGGGAAAAUGAAGAAGCCUGAAACUGUGGAAAAAGAAGUUUUAAAACUAUCACAGAAUCCUCAAUCAAUUGCCAAUCAACAAGUGAAACCUUCUUCACCGGGGUUUAUUGCUUCACAAGGUCGCUGGGAGGGGAAAAUGUAUGGCGGAUACCAAAUUAUUACAUUCAGUGCUGUAGAACGUAACGUAGGAAACCAUUUUGAUCCAAACACUGGAAUGUUUACCGCCCCUGUUGAUGGCCUGUAUAAAGCAAGUUUUACAAUAAAACAAACAGGAUAUCAAGCUGUAGGAGCUGGUGUUUUUUGCAAAUCUGGUCGUGUGGUGACUUGGCCCGGGGAGGUUUGGACACAAGAUAAAUCUGUAGAAGCUUCAAAGACUUUUGAGGUUCGGAUGAAAUCUGGAGAUAUUUUAUAUUCAGUCACCAGCUAUAAGGAUUUGGAAUGUUCACAUUUUUCUUGUUCCCUUUAGACAUCAUGACACAACAUUUGCA